GGGUGUGCUAAUGUUUACAACCGUGGGCUGUCAAUCAUUUUAUCGCAAUAAGUAGACACUUUUGUCGAUACCUCGAUUAUAACAUGAAAAAGACAAGUCAAUAAUGGCACGAACUCAGUGCCACCUUCUUACAUCCAGAUUUUUGUUGAAAUGACCGAGUCACUGUGUGCAGACUGGAAGUGAGCUGACAUCUUUAAAGUCCAGACACUGCCUUUAAACAUCAGGUGUACAGUUCGUUGGUGAACAGGGUCCUGAUGGAGUGGGUAUUCAUUAUGAACCGGAUGAGCUCUCAAGGAAGCUCAGCAGCUCAGCGGAGGCGCAUGGCCCUGGGGGUCGUGAUCCUCCUGUUGGUGGACGUCAUCUGGGUGGCCUCUUCAGAGCUGACAUCAUACAUUUUUAAACGACAGGAGUACAACAAACCCUUCUUCAGCACUUUCACCAAGACCUCCAUGUUUGUGCUAUAUCUGCUGGGCUUCCUGCUGUGGCGGCCCUGGAGGCAGCAGUGCACUGGCACUCUCAAACGCAGACACUCUGCAUUUUUUGCUGAUGCUGAGGCCUACUUUGCACCGUGCAACACUGACUCGACUGUGAACAACUGUUUGAGUGAACCACUCUAUGUUCCAGUGAAGUUCCAGGAUGUUCCUGCCGAACAUUCCCCCAGUUUAAUUGGAGACUGUGACUCUACAGCUUCCAAAAAGCAGCGGGUGCGUUUCAGUAACAUCAUGGAGGUGCGUCAGCUGCCCUCUACUCAGGCCCUGGAGGCCAAACUGUCCCGCAUGUCCUACCCAGCUGCCAAAGACCAUGAGGCCAUGCUGCGCACAGUCGGCAAACUGACCAUCACCGACGUGGCCAAAAUAAGCUUCUUCUUCUGCUUUGUGUGGUUCCUGGCCAACCUGUCAUAUCAAGAAGCCCUGUCAGAUACACAAGUUGCCAUUGUCAACAUACUGUCGUCCACCUCAGGCCUCUUCACUCUCAUCUUAGCAGCCAUUUUUCCCAGUAACAGCAGCGACCGCUUCACCCUGUCUAAACUGCUUGCUGUGGCUCUGAGUAUGGGAGGUGUGGCCCUUGUCAGUCUUUCCAGCAUGGACAACCCUGAUGAGAAAGGUGUUAUAGGUUCUUUGUGGUCCCUCGCUGGGGCCAUUCUGUAUGCUGUCUACAUCGUUAUGAUCAAGAGGCGAGUGGAUCGGGAGGAUAAACUUGACAUCCCCAUGUUUUUUGGGUUUGUGGGUUUGUUCAACCUGCUGCUGCUGUGGCCUGGUUUCCUCUUGCUUCACUACACAGGCUUUGAGGCCUUCGAGCUUCCCAGUCAGUUGGUGUGGACGUACAUCCUCAUCAAUGGCCUCAUUGGAACUGUUCUGUCUGAGUUCCUUUGGCUCUGGGGCUGUUUCCUCACAUCAUCUUUAAUCGGGACUCUGGCACUGAGCCUUACCAUCCCGCUUUCUAUCAUGGCAGAUAUUUGCAUGCAGAAAGUACGCUUCUCAUGGUUAUUUUUUGCUGGGGCAGUUCCUGUCUUCCUCUCCUUCUUCAUCGCUACACUCUUAUGUCACUACAACAACUGGGACCCUGUGUUGGUGGGACUGAGGAGAGUUUAUGCCUUCAUUUGCAGGAAACACCGCAUCCAGAGACUGCCAGAAGACAGUGAGCAGUGUGAGAGCCUUAUCCCUCUACACACCAUCUCCCCACAUGAAGGAAGCUUCUGUUCGUGAUCCAACAAACACAAAGUGUCGACUGUGGAUCUCAUGAACUGACAAUCUGGAAGCUUUCAGAGACAUUGAACAACCCUAGUGCCUCCAAUUACAACUAUUUAUUUUCUACAGUGUUCCAAGGACACACACAUUCCUUACAAGCCUAUUUUUUUCUUGUCACAUUUCAGUUAUGAGACACUUUUUCUUGGUGAUAAGUUUGUUUAAAAAGCAUCCUGACAGGACUCAAGGUGCUGGAUGUCAUUGCAUUAUCAAUGAUUAUUACAGAGUUGGUUUGACUAAACCAAACAGUACAUGAACGUGGCACCGCUAAAGGUCUAAAAGCUGUGUUGGAAUCAACUGAAAGUCUCCCUCCUUGUUUUUCAAGAAGGUGACUUCCCAUUAGUGAAGUACUAGACAUUUAUCUGUACUUUUGUCCGGUGGCUUUUUUGAUGCCUUGCUGCUUUUCUGUCAAAUGUCGACACAUUUUCAUGAAUGACAAUCUGUUUUUGAACGGUUUCUGGAGUCGACAGUCCUUGACUUGUAUAUUGUCUGAAAACAGUGCUGUCACUAAUUUCAGCAUGUACAUCUGUAGGAAUUGGUACCAUCUGGAGUGUCAUCACAGUAAUGUUCGCUGUCACAUGGAUUCAUCACAGCUUCAUCAUCUCGACUCUUGCUUUACACUUGAGCAAGAUGACAUGGCUAAUAUGAUAAGCUGCUGUUGUCUAUACAGCAUUGUUUGUAAUGAGUAGGUCAUAGUACCCAGCCUGGGCAGUGUGGGUAAUGACCAAACUGUUCAGACUCAGCUCUGGAGGAACAAAUAUCCCUUGGUCAUUCCAUCUGGCAUCGGUGUCCAAUUGAUAUGAAGAUGAAUGCAUCUACACUACACAUUUUAGAGACCGGCAGUUCACUUUGUACCGUUCAUCUGACAGUACUGGAUCAUGAAGAUGAAUUGUGAUCAGCAUUUCUCUGCAUUUGAAAAUAAUUUUGCCAAGCCUCCUUCAUCUCUAAGCUACAAAAAGCCUUGCUGCAAUACUUUCAGUGUAUAUACUGUACACAGUAAAGCAUUAACGGACUAUUGAUGUUUUUGUUGUGAAAUUCAGAUUACCACUAAAGAUUCUGAUGUUUGUCAUUUUACUUUUAUGUAUCACUGUAAAUUGUGUUCGCAUACAUUUAGGGCUGGUUGAUACAGCAAAAAUAUUACUGUGAUGAGAUUGUUCAUAUUGGGCAGUAUCGUAUCACAAUGCAUGUGAAAUCAUUGUUUCUUUUUAUUUUAAAGGCAGGUUUUUGGUGAAAGUUACAAAAACCGGAUAGUUCCAAUCAGAAAGCAAAAAAACAAACCCAAAAGGCAAAAGAAAAAUUUAUAUUGCGAUAAAUAAUCAAUAUUGUAAUAUAAAACCAUAUUGUGAUAAUUAUCAUGAUCAUUCUAUCAUAGUCUCUCUUCAGCUCACAGGAAAAUUCUCGUCCUUGUAAAAGAUUAAUUGGAUGCUUCUACAUGAUCCUGUUUCCCAAAAAAAUAUGAUUUUAUUUGCAUUUCUUUUAGUAGCCUCAGCAUCUGUUGUAAUCGAGGAUGUAAAAACACUACAGUUGAAGGUAAAAUGUGGAUGUUAUCCUACUGGUCCUUUUAAAUGUCCAAUGUGCUGACAUCUUUAUGGAGUGUUGUGAUUGCACUCGCCAUUGACUGGACAAAGUGGUGAAGGUAAUAAAUAACCUGCCUGUGAGGAGAAGUGAACAGGUUGAGCACUUUAAGUGACAAACUUGUCUAGUUCAUGUUGGUUAUUGCACUUACUAGCUGUGAUUUUUGCCAGUCAGUACUACCGUCUGUCUCACAGGUAUAAAAUCUUUUUCAGUUUACAUGUAGUAAUAUUUACUUUUGGAAAAGAGUUUUUUUUUUUACGAAAAAAAAAAAAAUCCUUCACAGCUUAUCAGUGGUGCUUGUGGAAUCACGGAAUAUAUUGUUUCUUUCUCAGGUUUUAAUUGUUCCUUUUUCUUUUAAGUGUCUUUAAAUAAGUUGUGAGAUUUCAUGGAAGGCUGUGAUAGUAAUUUUCUCUUAUUCAUUUAAGCUCUUGAAUUUCCUUUUAUUAUUCUGUUUUCAUAUUUACACUGCACUAUUAAAACAUCCUUUUCAACGUG